AUGGGCCUCACCAGCAAGGGGCCCCAGAGCCACAGACUGGUCAUCUGUGCUGCGGUCCUGGUCCUGAUGACACUCCUCAUCCUCUAUGGCUCCAAUAACGCCAACGACGCUGGACUUUCUCCUUUCCGCAUGUCCACGCAUCAGGCUCUGAAGACCACAGACUUGAAGAAGUGGUCUUCCAGGGAUGUUUAUGUGCCCAUUUAUGGGAACAGGAGCAUGGAUCUCCACUGCCGCAGCUGUGCUCUGGUGACCAGCUCCAGUCAUGUCCUGGGAACCAAAGCCGGACGAGACAUCGACCGAGCGGAGUGCGUGAUCCGCAUGAACGACGCUCCCUCGCUGGGCUACGACGAGGACGUGGGCAACAGAACCACUCUGAGGGUCGUGGCCCACUCCAGCGUCUUCAGGGUGGUCCGCAAACCCAAUGAGUUCCUCCAUCGCUCGGACACCAGGCCCAUGAUCGUCUUCUGGGGGCCGCCGAACAAAAUUGGGAAAGAUUCGAAAGGAGCGUUGAACAGACUGAUCCAGAGAGUCAGCAUGACCUACACCAACCUCUCCUGCUUCAGCAUCACCCCCAACAAGAUGCGCAAGUUUGAUAAUCUUUUUCUGCGGGAAACGGGUCGCGAUCGGCAAAGAUCUCACUCCUGGCUGAGCACCGGCUGGUUCACUAUGGUCAUAGCUAUUGAAAUAUGUGACAAUAUACAAGUUUACGGGAUGGUUUCGCCCAAUCAUUGUGGAAAGAAGCCCGGGACCAAAAAGAUCCCCUAUCAUUACUACAAACCUCGCGGGCCGGAUGAAUGUGUGACUUAUGUGCAGAAUGAGAUCGGCAAAAAAGGAAAUCACCAUCGAUUCAUCACAGAAAAACAAGUAUUUGCGCAUUGGGCGAAGCAGUACAACAUCAGCUUCCUUCAUCCGAGCUGGUGA